AACAAAUAUAAAACAAUUGUUUUGACAGGAAGUGAUUUAUUCGUGCGUUGAAAAGUGAGGUUAUGUUAACAAAAUGUCAAUAAACGUUGAAAGUUAUUAUUUUCAAAAAGAAAAAGAAGUUUGGUAUUACAUUACAUGUUACGUUCCUGAAAUUAAAUUCAUUAGACGUCGACUGCUCCAAUCCGUCGUGGAAAAUGGCUUUACUAAGGAACGUCUGCAGGGUAUUUUCCCAGGCAACUCAAAAGGGAUCUUCAAGAACCUUUCAUGUAGGCUCCGUUUGUUUCAACGAGCCGGUUGGUACUUCAGAAACUACUGUAGAGCGACAGGGAAAGACGAAAUGCACCUUAAUCCCCGGAGAUGGCGUAGGACCAGAAUUGGUGGUAGCCGUUCAAAAUAUUUUUCAAGCUGCAGAUGUUCCAGUUGAAUUUGAACCGUAUUUUUUGUCCGAAGUUAAUCCCACAUUAAGUGCUCCGUUAGAACAAGUUUCAAAUAGUAUUGCCCGAAAUGGAGUUUGUUUGAAGGGAAUUUUAGCAACUCCGGAUCAUUCCUCAACAGGAGAAUUACAAACAUUGAACAUGAAAUUGCGAAAAAGUCUGGAUUUGUAUUCAAAUGUAGUGCACGUAAAAUCUCUGCCAGGAGUGAAAUCUCGUCACAAUAAUGUAGACUGUGUAAUUAUUCGUGAACAAACAGAAGGUGAAUAUUCCGCUUUGGAACAUGAGUCAGUAAAUGGUGUUGUUGAAUGUUUAAAAAUUGUCACCGCAACCAAAAGCCAAAGGAUCGCAAAGUUUGCAUUUGACUUUGCUGUUAAAACUCAUCGCAAAAAGGUUACAUGCGUUCACAAAGCUAAUAUAAUGAAAUUAGGUGAUGGACUAUUUUUAAGAUCAUGUCAGGAAAUAGCCAAGUUGUAUCCUAGAAUUAAAUUUGAGCCUAUGAUUGUUGACAAUUGUACAAUGCAAAUGGUCUCUAAUCCACAUCAAUUUGAUGUGAUGGUGAUGCCAAAUUUAUAUGGAAAUAUUGUCGAUAAUUUGGCAUCAGGAUUAGUUGGUGGUGCUGGAGUUGUUGCUGGUGCUAGUUACAGUGCAGAAUGCGUAGUUUUUGAACCGGGAGCGAGGCACACAUAUUCAGAAGCUGUGGGCAAAAAUGUUGCAAAUCCAACGGCAAUGAUUUUGUGUUCGGUGAAACUUCUUAAUCAUGUAAAUUUGAAACGUUACGCGGAGAAGAUUAAAGACGCAUUAAAUCGUGUAUUAAACGAUGGAAAAGUGCGCACGAAAGAUUUAGGAGGUCAAAGUUCAACGACUGAAUUCACAAGUGCUGUAAUUCAUAGUCUUCAAUAAAUAAUUUUGAAGACAAAGUUUUUUCAAAGAGAUUAUAACCAAUCUGUAGGACAACCUAGGAUGUUCCUCGUCAGGUAUUAGAAAAAUUCUAAUACUUUUAUCAAAGUCAAUUUGAAAGGGAAAAAACUUUUUUUCUUUUCAAUUGAACAAAAUGAUUUUAAAAAAUUUGACAAGAAUACGAAAUUCGAUCAGGAAUAAAAUGUUUUUUUUUUCAAAUUGACUUUGAUGGAUAAAAUACAUAUACAGUGUCAAUGACAAUGUCAUUUUAUUUAUUGUAAUUAUUGUAUUCGUUCUACCGAAGAAAAUGUAGUAAAAAUACAAAUCGAUUUUUUUUUAUUAUUAAUAAAAAAUAUACGAAACACGAAGGAACUUACCGUGUGUUGUACCAUAGACAAUUGUAAUAUAAUUAACUUAUGUCAUUUAAUGUAAUAAAUGAAGUUCAUUAAACAUUAAAAAUGUU